AUGAAGGUCACGGUGGCGCCUACGGGCAGCACUGCGCCUCUGCAGACUUUGAGAAAGUCGAAAUCCGCAACUGGGAAGAGCCGCUGCGGGUCCCUCGCGGGCGGCCAAAAGCGGGACCGAGUGAAAGAGUACAUGGAAGAGAAAUUCUAUGAACAGUUUCAACCCAAAAGAGACCUCAAGUCCCGCCUGCGCAAACUCUCGCUCGACAAGGACACUCUGCGAAGGGCGCAAGGCAACUAUAGAAGAAAGCUGCCCACGGCAGAGCCUGCAAGCUCCAACUCAGGCAAGCUAGAAGCAAAGACCAAACCCAAGAGUGCAAAAAAACGAAAGACUAAGACCAAAGGACGGCGGCAGCCUCCCCCAAAAACCACGGAAGAAAUAUGUGCCAUGGUGCUGUCACAUGUCCGCGACAUUUAA